AAUACAAUAUUCAAUUCUCUCUCUCCUCUGUCUAAAUUUUCAUCGUCUCUCUCCAUCUCUCUCGCGAAAGCGAUAUCCAUUAAAAUAACGGAACGCGAAAACGGAUCCGAACCGAAAAAACCCUAACCCUAGCCGCGAUUAUUCCUCUUUCUGUUCCAUCUCUCUUGUAAUCAAUUAAUUAAAUAUAUCUAUAUUCAUCUAUACAUACACAUCUUGAUAUUUAUUGGUUGAUAUUAGGGUUAGGAAUUGGAUUGGGUUCGAUUUGUGAUGGAAUUUGAGACCGUUGGUGGUGAUUGGUUGGGGAAAUGACCGGAGGCCGAUGCUCGAGGCGGCGGAAGGGCGGUUGCGACGUCGGAAUUGUUGAUUCUAGGGUCCCGAUUGAUUUUUCGCGGGAAAAUUGCGAAAUUGAGGAAAUUGACCUAGGGAUUGGGAAAGUGGAUUUGUUUACGCAGGCUCGAAAGGCGUUAAGCGAGCGGUGUCCGUUUGAUUUGGAGGAUGGACAGGCUGUUAAAACUGUUAGUUUGCCAAAGGAGUUCGCGGAUUUGUUGUCUAGGAAGUCGGAUGGGAGGAAGAGGCAUAAAAAGUCUCAUGCCGCUGAAUCGAAGUCGACUAGGCUGGCGAAAAGUAAAGGUGCUGCCUUUUGGGCGAGGAAUGAGGAGUAUUUUAGAGGAUUAACGGUUGAUGAUGUUGAUAAGUUGUAUCAGCUGGGUUCUAUUAAGUUUUCGGGUGAUUGGAAUUGUCUUAUGAUACCCUGUGUGAAUAAUGUGAGAGCUUCUAGUUGCGUAUCGAAUGGAAAUGAUAGUAAUUUGAAUAAUGGAUUUGGUGACGUAUCCCCUGCUUCUUAUAAAAAAGAAGAGGAAGAAGCUAAAGAUGCACAUGAUGACAAGUUGGCGGAAGUGGAAUGUGGUGAAGGCAUAGAAUUGGCUUUGGAAGAGAAGGACAGGGCUUUGAAUCAGCAGGGUAGUGGUUUAGAGUGGCUUUUAGGUUCUAGGAGUAAGGUAUAUUUGACUUCCGAACGUCCUUCAAAGAAACGGAAGCUUUUGGGCGGGGAUGCGGGUUUGGAGAAACUUUUUGUUGCUUCUGCAGUGGAAGGGUCAUCUUCUUUGUGUCACUAUUGCAGUUUGGGUGAAACUGGUGACCAGUUAAACCGGUUGAUAAUUUGUAGUUCGUGUAGUAUGGCAGUUCAUCAAAGAUGUUAUGGUGUACAGGAGGAUGUGUCAGAGUCUUGGUUGUGUACUUGGUGUAAGAACAUGAACCAGAAGGAUUUAGAAAGACCGUGUUUGCUUUGUCCGAAACAGGCUGGUGCUCUGAAGCCUGUUCGGAAGAAAGGCUGUGGAAGUGAUAGCAGUGGGUUUGCUCACUUGUUUUGUUGUCAGUGGAUGCCUGAGGUCUACAUAGAAGACACCAGGAGAAUGGAGCCGAUUAUGAAUCUAGAGGGGAUAAUGGAAACUCGGCACAAGCUAAUUUGUCGUUUAUGCAAGAUAAGACAUGGGGCUUGUUUACGAUGCAGUAAUGGAGCUUGUAGAGCUUCGUUUCAUCCUAUAUGUGCAAGGGAAGCAAAACAUAGGAUGGAGAUUUGGGGAAAAUUUGGCAGUGAUGAUGUUGAGCUCCGCGCAUAUUGCUCAAAGCACUCAGAAAUCCAAAAUAAUAUUAUCACGCUGCAAGAUGGUGACUCUCGUUUGCUUAUUCCUGAUCCCCACAUCACCAAGCAUCAGCCAAUGUCAACUAUGACACAUAAGAUUAAAAUUGGUAGAAAAAAUGAAGAAAAAGUUGCAGGCCAUAAUGAAACAUCAGAGUUGGAUUUGGACAGGGUAGAUAGUAGUGUACCUCAUGGCGAUGUGUUUCCUAAUGCGAGUUCAAAUUUAACAAAUCAAUUGGCUUUUGGUGAUACACAACAGUCAAACAAUGCAGAUGUAUUGGCAAAGAAAAGCAGGGAUGAUAUUGACUUGAGUGAAUGUUUAAUUGAUCGAGGAAGAGUAAAGAUGACUGAUGUGGCUUCGGAAAUUGGUGUUUCUCCUGAAGUUUUGACGUCAAAUCUCAUAGGUGAACACAUGGUGCCGGAAGUGCAGUGCAAAAUAGUUGAAUGGCAAAAAAACCAUGCUACUAUUGGUCCCUCGCAAAAGAACCUGAAAGUCAGAUUUAAACAUCCAACCAAAGUUGAGGCAGGAUCUACUGAUGAAACCCAUGUUUUAGUGUCAGAAUCUUGUAUUCCUAAUGUUUCUGUUACAUCUGUGCCACCUCGAAGAAGAACAAAAAAUGACAUUAGGAUUCUGAGAGAUGGUAAAGCUCUGUGCUUGACUGAGUCAAGUUCGAUUGCUGAUGGAGUAGCCAUGAGUGACAAAAGUGCUCAUCAUCUCGCCAUGCAUGAGCCUGCGUGUAAAAGUGAUACCACCCAGAAGAUUUUGAUCGAGCCUGAUGGGUCUCAAGAUAUUCUGCGAAACAGUUCCUCUAAGACUGAAGGUAAAGGAGCCUCCUUGUUGAUUUGCACUGCUGUCAAGUCUUUCCAGGCCGAGGGUGGUGCUGUAUCUGAGAAUAGUGCUGCAUUGGGAUCUGUUGUGGCGAAUCCAGUUUGCGAUACUGCUGUAAAUUGUGUCCCUAAUAUCAUUGAAACAGAAGCAGUAUCUAUUUCCUACAUGCACCCAACCAUACAGAAGACGCUGUCACAGAUACCAAAUUUGGUUGUUAAAAGACCAUUAUCGGACGAGGAUGAUGGUUCAAGGGAUGGAGAAUUUUCCUCGGCGGAAGCAUCUUCUAGCUCUAGUAUUUGUUGUCAUCAUCAAACUGAAGAUUCAGUUUCUCCUGGCUCUACUUCUAAAGUCGGAGGAAUUGUAGAACAGUUGGCCCAGGCUAGGAGAAUGGGUAUUUUGGAGCAGUCUCCUGCAGAUGAAGUUGAAGGGGAACUUGUCUAUUUUCAGCAGCACCUACUCCACAAUGCGGUUAAAAGAAAGCAUUUUAGUGACAAUAUAAUAGUUAAGGUUUUGACAAAUCUUCCAAAGGAGACCGAUGCUCUAGCAAAACAAAAAUGGGAUGCCGUUACAGCUAAUAAAUAUCUUAGUGAGCUUAAAGAACUGAAAAGGCAGGGCAGGAAAGAAAGACGCCAUAAAGAAGCUCAGGCUGUGCUUGCUGCUGCAACUGCCGCUGCCGCUGCUUCAUCUAGGAUUUCUUCUUUUAGGAAAGAUUCUCAAGAGGAAUCUGCUCAACGGGACAUAGUGAAUUCUUCAAGUGGAAGGGCAAGUCUUUACUCUCAGCAGAUGCUGCGAGCAAAGGAGACACUUUCAAGAUUAGGUACCACAAGAGUUUCGAUAGAGAAGAAUUCUGAUGCUGUCCAUUCAACUUCUGAUUUUUCAAAGGAAUACCCUAGAACUUGUGAGAUUUGCAGACGUUCUGAGACAAUUUUAAACCCAAUAUCAAUUUGCUCCAGUUGCAAGGUUGCAGUUCACCUGGAUUGUUAUCGUAGCGUUAAAGACUCUGCUGGACCGUGGUAUUGUGAAUUAUGUGAAGAAAUGUCUUCCUCUAGAAGCUUUGGUGCUGCAGCUGUUAAUUCUUGGGACAAGCCUUACUUUCUGGCAGAGUGUGGUUUAUGUGGUGGCACCGCGGGUGCCUUUAGAAAGUCAACUGAUGGCCAAUGGAUUCAUGCAUUCUGUGCUGAAUGGAUUCUAGAAUCUACUUAUAAAAGGGGCCAAGCAAAUCUGGUACAGGGAAUGGAGACGAUAUCUAAAGGGAGUGAGACAUGUCACAUCUGUCAACGCAAGCAAGGUGUUUGUGUAAAGUGCAACUAUGGCCAUUGUCAGAGCUCCUUUCAUCCUUCUUGUGCUAAAAGUGCUGGUUUUCACAUGAAUUUAAAGGCUUGCGGAGGCAAGUUGCAGCACAAGGCUUACUGUGAAAAGCAUAGCAUGGCAGAAAGGGCAAAGGUGGAGACUCAAAGACAUGGGAUCGAAGAUAUUAAAAGUCUUAAGCCAGUUAGGGUUGAACUGGAGAAGUUACGGCUUCUAUGUGAAAGAAUUAUCAAGAGGGAGAAACUAAAGCGUGAAUUGGUUCUUUGCUCACAUGAAAUACUGGCUUCGAAUAGAGAGGCUGUUGCUUUAUCUGCGGUCAGUUAUAGUUCCUUAUGCCCAACUGAUGUCAGUUCUGAAUCAGCUACAACCUCGCUGAAAGGUUAUACAGAUGAUUACAAGUCAGGCAGUGAAGCAAUACAAAGAUCGGAUGACAUAACCGUAGAUAGCACAGUUGCAGGCAAGAGGCGUAUUAAGUUACCUGUGUCGAUGGACAAUGAUCAGAAGACAGAUGACAGCUCUACUUCCCAGCAGCUUUUCCCGUCAAAACCGUCAGAUAGGGUAUCUUUUUCUGGUAAACAAAUUCCAAUUAGACCUUCCUCUGCAGCAUCAUGGAGCUUUUCUAGUGAGGGAGAAAAGCGUGCUAAAUUUAGAAAGCAUCCUGAAACAUUUGAAAAGGAAUUGGUAAUGACUUCAGACCAAGCAUCAAUGAAGAACCAACGGUUACCCAAAGGAUUUGUGUAUGUUCCCAUUCGCUGUCUUUCAAAUGAGAAAGAAGCAGUUCCUGGUGCAUGUACCCAGGAACAUAUUAGAAGUGAUGAGUAGAACUACACAACUCUUUUAUGACUUCUUUUACCCGGGGGACAAUUCUGUGUCCAUAUAUUCGUGUUUCAGUCUGAGCAACAGCAGCAAGCUUCCAACGAGACUAGGAAAUGGCAGUAUCAACACCUGGGUGGAUCUGAGCUUGGCACUUCCUUAUAAAGAUAAUUUAUUCAACAGAAGUUAUGCCUUCUUUGUUGUAUAUUGUGAGAUCAAAGUGUACAGUGGGUUAGCAUUUGUUCCCAUUGCAUGUAUUUCAAGUGGCUCAAUUUUUAAUUAUUAAUCUUUUUGGCUUAUUCAA